ACGCGUAACCCUGGCAGAGUUGACUCCAGUCCCCAGAAAAGUCCGCUCCGGCCCCAGAAAAGCAACGGCUGGCGUGGGCCGCGCGGGGCAUGGGCUGCCUCGUGACCUAGCGUCCCGCGGCGGGAAGUGCCAGGCCGCUCCGACUCCGGCAUAGGGGGGGGCGGGGGCGGGCGCCCGAGCGCAGCUGAGGAGCCCCGGAAGCCGCCGAAGCGGCGGGCACACCCAGACAGGCCCGCGGCCUGAGCGCCCGCGCCGCCCGCAAUCAUGAACCGGGAGUCUAUCUGCAGCGCCCUGCCCACCAUUCCCUGCCACAAGCUCGCCGACCUGCGCUACCUGAGCCGCGGCGCGUCGGGCACCGUGUCGUCCGCCCGCCACGCAGACUGGCGCGUUCAGGUGGCCGUGAAGCAGCUGCACAUCCACACCCCGAUGCUCGACAGUGAAAGAAAUGAUGUUUUAAGAGAAGCUGAAAUUUUACAUAAAGCUAGAUUUAGUUACAUUCUUCCAAUUUUGGGAAUUUGCAAUGAGCCUGAAUUUUUGGGAAUAGUUACGGAAUACAUGCCAAAUGGAUCAUUAAAUGAACUCCUACAUAGGAAAACGGAAUACCCCAGUGUUGCUUGGCCCCUGAGAUUUCGCAUCCUGCAGGAAAUUGCACUGGGGGUAAACUACCUGCACAAUAUGAAUCCUCCUCUACUUCAUCACGACUUGAAGACUCAGAAUAUCUUAUUGGAUAAUGAAUUUCAUGUUAAGAUUGCAGAUUUUGGUUUAUCAAAAUGGCGUAUGAUGUCCCUCUCACAAUCACGAACUAGUAAAUCUUCACCCGAAGGAGGGACAAUUAUCUAUAUGCCACCUGAGAACUAUGAACCUGGACAAAAAUCAAGGGCCAGUGUCAAGCAUGAUAUAUAUAGCUAUGCAGUGAUCACAUGGGAAGUCUUAUCCAGAAAACAGCCUUUUGAAGAAGUCACCAAUCCUUUACAGAUCAUGUAUAGUGUAUCACAAGGACAUCGACCUAACAUUAAUGAAGAAAGUUUGCCACUUGAUAUACCUCAUCGAGCACUUAUGAUCUCUCUAAUAGAAAGCGGAUGGGCACAAAAUCCAGAUGAAAGACCAUCUUUCUUAAAAUGUUUAAUAGAACUUGAACCAGUUCUGAGGACAUUUGAAGAGAUAACUUUUCUUGAAGCUGUUAUUCAACUAAAGAAAACAAAGUUACAGAGUGCUUUGAGCACUAUUCACUUAUGUGACAAGAAGAAAAUGGAGUCAUCUCUGAACAUUCCUGUAACUCAUGGACCACAGGAGGAAUCGUGUGGAUCCUCUCAGCCCCAUGAAAAUAGUGAUUCUGCUAGAGCCUCAAAGUCCCUGUCAGCUCCUCAAGACAAUGAUUUUUUAUCUAGAAAAGCUCAAGACUUUCCUACGCUGUGUCACUACCCAGUAAAUCACAGUUGCAGUGGUAACGUUUCUUCAGCUCAGAAGGGGACAUUUUGUGAUUACAAGACCACCCCGUUCUCUUUAGCAGUAAUAACGCCACUCCCAGCUGAGGGAAAUUCAGAGCGAUUACAGCCUGGCAUAGCCCAACAAUGGAUCCAGAGUAAAAGGGAAGACAUCGUGAACCAGAUGACAGAAGCCUGCCUUAACCAGUCGCUAGAUGCUCUUCUGUCCAGGGACUUGAUCAUGAAGGAGGACUAUGAACUCAUUAGUACCAAACCUACAAGGACCUCAAAAGUCAGACAGUUACUGGACACCACUGACAUCCAAGGAGAAGAAUUUGCCAAAGUUAUAGUACAAAAGUUGAAAGAUAACAAGCAAAUGGGUCUACAACCUUACCCGGAAAUACUUGUGGUUUCUCGAUCACAAUCUUUAAAUUUAUUUCAAAAUAAAAGCUUAUAAGUGACUCUUUUUCAGGAAGAAAAGUCAUUCUCUGUAAGGGUAUUUUAUAUUUCUAUUGCCUUUAUCUUAUUGUUUUUAUAAAAUCCACAUGAGUAUUAGAAGCUUUAAAGCUUCUUUAAAGAAGUUUCUUCUUCAGGUAAAUAUUAGUUUUCUUCCAUGACGUUAUAGUAUUUUUAAAAAUUAAUAUAUUGGUAAGUCUGCAUUUUGCUACAGAGUUCAAGUGUUUGUCUCUUUGGUUAAUUGAACUUAUUUUUUAAAUGUAAUAAUUAUAUUCUUAUAUAUAACAGUGUCUUAAGGUGUCAUGCAUUUCUCAUGGAAGCCAUUUUCAUAUUCACCUUCUUUGUGGGUUAUUUAUUACUUGUCUAAGAUGCAGUUUGGCAUUUGGAAAUGUAGCCUUUUUACUUAAAUUAGAGCUAGUACAGCAUUUCUAACUUAUAGUGCCAGGUUCAGAUCCUCUCCAAAAGCUUGUUCAUUAAACUUUGUUAUCCAGAUUACA